UGGCGACAAGUAUGACACGGACUUUGCUAGAGGACGAGAAAUGUGAUGAUAUAUUGACUUGCUCGAUAUGUCUGGAGUUUUUUAAGGAGCCAAAAUAUUUACCGUGCUUACACACGUUUUGUAAGUCGUGUUUGCAGGCAUAUAUCUCAACUAACGUAAAGGAAAGGGAACCAUCAUCCAAUCCAUGUGAAAACAACGAUAGAUGUAUUUCAUUAACUGAAAGAAGUUUUUUAUGUCCAGUGUGCAGAAUGAAAAUUGAAUUUAACGAGGAAAAAGAUGACAGGAAAACAUGGAUCGAGCACAUACCUAGCAACCAUUUUAUCGUCAGCAUGCUGGAUAAACGAGCAAUAAGAAUUAUGGAAAAGAUUUGUGAUCCAUGUUUAACACAGGGCGAACAGGAGAAGGCAGUGGCUUGGUGUUUGAACUGCACAGAGGCGCUUUGUGAAAAAUGCAAAGACUAUCACAAGAAAUUCAAGCUUUUACAAAACCAUCGAGUUGUUGGACUUGCAGAAGAAGUUCUGGAUAAGUAUGAUGUGUCUGGAUUUAUACCUUGUCUCGAACAUCCCUCCGAGCCUGCAAGGAUCUACUGCAAGGACCACAGAAUCCACUGCUGUACUAUUUGUGCUGCUGUCGGUCACAGAAAAUGUGUUGAUGUUUGCUCAAUCGAAAAUGCCGCCAAAGGAGUCAAACAAAAUCAAGAAACUUGUAAGCUGAUAAACCGAAUCAGUCAACUCAAAGCUAUCUUAAGAGAAAUGAUAAGUUCUGGUAAGGGAGCUAAAGAAGAACUUCAAAAAGAGGCAUCUGAAGUUGAGAAUGUAAUAAAAGAUUUCCAAGAAAAUAUCAAGAAACAUCUAGACGCCGUUUGUUUUACCUUACUUAAUGAUCUGAAAUCUCAGCUAGAACUUUGCAACCUCCAGAUAGAUUCUGAUGUGGACGGAAUGUCAAAUGUGCUCUUAAGAGUGGAACAAAUCGGAUCAGUGCUUCAAACAUGCAUUGACUGUGGAUCGGAUGUAGAAUGUCUUAUUGAAAGAAAAAAUGUAUGUGAAAUUGAAGAGAAACUCCAACACAGCACAAAGGGAUUUUGUAACAAAACUUUCGUUUGUGCUCUAAAUUUCAAACCAAGUCAGUCAUUCUAUGCUUUAAAAACCUCUCUGAAUUCAGUAGGUGAUCUAGAAGUGGAAAGAAGAGAGUAUGGCACACUGCCGUCUAUGUAUAGAAGUGGAGAGGUUUCUUUAUUGAAACUGGUGAGAUUCGAAAAGAAGUUUGGUUUCUGUAAUGCUGCAUUUUUAAAUGGAAACAUCAUCGUGAUAAUAAUUCAGUACUCUAGCUUUAUCCAAUUUUGUGACAUGGAGCUAAAUGAAUUGCCAGACAAAGUAGUUGAACUGGAAGACUACCCAUGGGAUUUAUCAGUAGACGAUAAUGAGGGCAUAUAUAUCUCCCUUCCCAAAAAGCAAAAAAUUGUUCGGAUUGAUGCGAACACUUGCCAGAAAACUUUAGAGAUUCGUACUUUAACAACAUGCCAAGGAGUAUCAUACAUUUGGGACACAAUAUUUUAUUCCGACCGUUGGAGGGUUCGAAAGAAAAGUGGAGAGGAAGAAAUUGAAAUAUAUCCAAACAGCACAAAAUUACUGGCUUGUGACCCAAUUAACAAAAAAAUUCUUUUUGGGACUAGUCAUGCUGUAAUGUGCUACAUGUAUUCCAUUUCAGAGCAGAAAACAAAGGAACUUUACUCUGAUUCUGAGCUGAAUGUCGUCAGAGGUAUUACUACUGACUGUGUUGGUAACAUAUAUGUUGUCCAUGAUAAAUCAAGUUGUAUUUUCCAGUUGUCUCACGAUGGACAGUUCAUUAGAAAAAUAAACAUCCCUGCUGUCGGGGUAAAUAAACUAUGGAGUAUCAACGUCGAGAAAAAAGGAACAAGAUGUCUUCUCACAAACACGGAAGGAGCUGUUCUGCUUCUUGAUAUAUCAUGUCACAGAAAUCGCCUUGAGACUGAGAAUUAGAAGGACAGCACGUGUUCGAAUGCACUUAAAGUGAAGUGGUUCCAAAAUUAAAAAUACUGGACAUUUAUUUCUUUUGUGAAAAUUAUAAAUGAUUUCAGCAAUGAGUAAAUUGUAAGGAUAUUGUCAAAAUUACAAUAUUUUCUUUAA